UCGUAUCUAUAAAACAUGUCGAAAUCCGCACAUGUAGUGGAUGGUGAAGCUUCAGAGUCGGACUCGGAAAUAGAAAUAGCCAAAUCACCUGACUCCAUUUUAUCUACUUCCAAAGCUUUUGUGAUCAGCGGAGAGGCUCCAGAGUCUGACGAUGAAUCAAAGUUACCAUCACCAAGUGAUACUGAGUUAGAUUCACCACUGCAUGUCUCUAUGUCACCGCAGACACCUACAAAGAUGUAUAACUCACUACUGCAUCAGAAGUUGUGGGAAUGCAAUGUAUCACUCCGGGCCACAUUGGAAGGUCUAUUAAGACAUACAACUGAUAUAUCUGUGGAGAAAUUGACCACAACUGACAAGAUGUUGCUUUCAGUUCAAGAGAGUAUGCGAGCGACCAAUGCUAAUUUGACUCUAGCCAAAGCGCGUCUUAAACAACUGCAAGCGGAGUUAGAGAAAGCUAACUGCAGUACUGUGUUACCUACUUUAAAAAUUAAAUAGAUGUAUAAUAUAUAAUACUGUAUGU